AUACUGCUCUCCCUUAAUUCGUCUUGAACACCACCCCCAUUUUCUUUCAAACCAUGCUGGGAGAAGUUACAUGGCCAAGAUUGGUAGCAAGCAAGCUACUAAGGAAAACACUGGGAUCAAACAACUUCGUUGCAGAUUUUCCGGGAAACACAGAUUCUUUUCUUAAUCUUCCAACUUUGGAUCUUGAACACAUCCCUAGUCCGAAGAUCAUCUUUACUGACCACGAUGAUACACAAAAGUUCAAGGUCUUCGUUAGUACAUGGAACGUUGGCGGUGUUGCACCUACCGAAGAUUUGAAUAUCGAUGAUUUGCUAGAUACAUGCAACACUCCAUGCGAUAUAUAUGUACUUGGGUUUCAAGAAGUGGUUCCUCUAAGAGCCUCUAAUGUUCUUGGAUCAGAUAAGAAGAAAAUAUCGAUGAAAUGGAACUCAUUGAUCAGAAGAAGCCUAAACAAGAAAUCACAUAACGUAUCUUACAAUGACGAUAGUUUGGUAGACAAGCAAUGGAAAUCCUUUCGUGGAAGAAAAGGAAACAAAUCAAUUAUUGAGAGUAGAAUGAUCCGACAAGAGUUUCGAUGUCUCAUCAGCAAACAAAUGGUUGGCAUACUGAUAUCGGUUUGGGUUCGCAGUGAUCUUCAUCCAUUCUUCCGAAACCCUAAUGUCUCUUGCGUAGGGUGUGGCAUCAUGGGAUGCCUAGGGAAUAAGGGUUCAGUUUCAGUUCGGUUUCAGUUCCAUGAGACAAGCUUCUGCUUUGUAUGUAGUCAUCUAGCAUCAGGAGGGAGAGAAGGAGACGAGAAAAACAGAAACUCCGAUGCUGCGGAGAUCUUGUCCAGGACGAGUUUUCCCACUGCCAUGGGACCUUCACUUGACCUGCCCAAGAAGAUUCUUGACCAUGAUCGGGUUGUGUUGCUUGGAGACCUAAAUUACCGGAUUUCCUUACCAGAGAGAGAGACAAGAUUGCUGGUAAAUAGGAAGGAUUGGAAUACGCUGCUUGAGAAUGAUCAGCUUCGAAUGGAGCUCAUGGAUGGUCAAGCUUUUGAAGCUUGGCAUGAAGGAACGAUCAAUUUUGCUCCUACCUACAAGUACCAUCCGAGUUCUGGUGAAUACUAUGGUUGUGGUCAUCUUGGAACCAAAAGCAAAAAGAAACGUGCUCCUGCAUGGUGUGAUAGAAUAAUUUGGACGGGCGAGGGAUUAAAGCAACUUCUAUACACAAGAAGUGAAACCCCAUUGUCGGAUCACAGGCCCGUGAAAGCUAUGUUCUCUACUGAAGUUAAAGUUUCACGAUUGAGAUAA